CAAAUUACCACUUGCUCGACACUGGCUAAUGGCUAUCCUCCUUGAACCAGAAAAGUUAACCCAUAAUCUCAUAUGCCAAAAAAGAUAUCUUCUUCAGUCCUUUGAAUUAGGCCCGCAGUUUCCAUACCCUUGCUUUCACCAUUUCCUAUCAAAGUAGAAAUCAUAUGAUAUGGCCAUGGAGAUGCAGUCAAUCUUCUGUCCCAAAUUGCCUUCCCUAUCAUCCAUCCGUGGUGUCACCUCUUGCUUCUUUUUCUGCCCAAGUUGUCUCAAAUGCCAUAGGAAAUACAAGAUCUUUAGUUCCUUAGAUUAUUCAUUGAAGCACAAGGGUGUCAAAGAAGUCAGUUUAAGAGCAAUUGACGAUAAGGAAUUGAUUACAGAGUGCCAAAAUGGUCCUGGAAAUGGAAAGGAACUUUCUGGUGAGCUAUACAAUCAAUUAAUAUGUGCUUGUUGCAGGGUAGGAGAUAUUGACAAGGCUUUGGCUCUUCUUGCGCAAAUGGAGGCUUUGGGCUUUCAUCCAAACUUAAUAUCAUACACUCAUUUGAUUGAAGCUCUUGGAAGUAUUGGCAGGACUUCAGAAGCUGAAGCAGUAUUUCAAGAAAUGAUAUGUUCUGGGUUUAAGCCUAGAGUGAAAAUGUACAAUGUUUUGCUAAGAGUUUUCUUAAAGAAAGGCCUCCUGAGAGUUGCAGUUAAGGUAUUAGAGGUAAUGGGCGAUUUGGGUAUUCAUAAGAAUCAAGAAACAUAUGAGGUUCUUGUGGAUUACUAUGUGAAUGCCGGGCGAUUGGAAGAUACUUGGGCAAUAAUCAAUGAAAUGAGGUGCAAGAGGUUUCAGCUGAGCUCAUUUGUGUAUAGCAAAGUUAUUGGUCUUUACAGGGAUAAUGGGAUGUGGAAGAAAGCAAUGGGAAUUGUAGAAGAGAUUAGGGAGAUGGGGAUGUCAUUAGAUAAACAGAUUUAUAACAGCAUUAUAGAUACGUUUGGGAAAUAUGGCGAGUUAGAUGAAGCAUUGGAAGUGUUUGAGAAAAUGAAACAAGAAGGUAUAAUACCUGAUAUAACAACAUGGAACUCAUUAAUUCGGUGGCACUGUAGGGCUGGGAAUCUAUCUAAGGCCCUUGAGUUGUUCACUGAAAUGCAAGAACAAGGGUUAUAUCCUGACCCAAAGAUCUUUAUUACCAUUAUUAGUCGUUUGGGAGAGCAGGGAAAAUGGCACGUGAUCAAGAAGAAUUUUGAGACUAUGAAAUAUAGAGGACAUAAAAAAAGUGCCGCCAUUUAUGCAGUUUUAGUUGACAUUUAUGGGCAAUAUGGGAGAUUUCAUGAUGCUGAGGGGUGUAUAUCUGCUCUAAAGUCAGAAGGUGUUCAACUUUCAGCUAGCAUGUUUUGUAUCAUAGCAAAUGCUUAUGCUCAGCAGGGAUUAUGUGAACAGACACUGAAGGUGCUUCAGCUCAUGGAAGCAGAGGGAAUUGAGCCAAAUAUUAUAAUGUUGAAUGUGUUGAUCAAUGCGUUUGGUGUUGCUGGGAGACAAAUAGAGGCAUUAUCUAUUUAUGAACAUAUGAAAGAAAGUGGUAUUAGUCCUGAUGUGGUAACUUAUAGUACGCUUAUGAAGGCAUAUAUUAGAGCAAAGAAAUUUGAUAGGGUGCCUGAAAUGUACAAGGAAAUGGAAUAUGCUGGAUGUACUCCAGAUAGGAAGGCUCGAGAGAUGUUACAAGUUGCAUUGAUGGUUAUUGAACAGAGACAUCAUAAGUAUUAGGCCGGUCUGGACUCUUGUGUGAUUCAAUGUGCUCAUGUUUGGUAAGGUGUUGAUAAUAUGAUAAUCCAGAUGACAUGUGAUACUCCUGUAAAUCACAAUCCUUUCGCAAAUGGAAUGAAUAUUGCUUGAGCUGAGAAUGAUGGGGAUUUGACACUUGUUAUGGAAACUAAUAUUUUCUCUGGGACUUCAAAACCUUGUCCACAGUUGGAAUUAUAAUGUGCUGAAUCUUGCGUAGUAGUGUAAACAACUGGUGAAGGAUGCUCCAGUUAGCAGGAGUUAUUUAGGCAGCGGAUCUCCUGAAGUGUUCCUUCUCUAGUGAAUUAUAUUAGCUGAAACUAUUCUGAGGGUUUUGGAGGCUUCGUCUCAAUCAUCCAUAUAUGACCUAGACAUUUUUUAGUCAGAAAUUUAGGGGCUCAAGCCAGCCAUUUCCUGUUCUUUACCCUGCAGAAUUAAUUCGAGAAUCCCUUACACUCCAUGAAGAGAUUUAUAUCUGUGCUUGCUGUGAUCAUCUGAGGCUGAUAUGCAGACACAGUGUAUAGGGAAAUAUCAGCUGAUUUGCAAUUUCUAAUGGACUUUUAUUAUGUGUUGAUUACUUCAACCAGGUUUUUAAGCUUGUAAGAAAUCUGAAAAGAAAAAGAAAAAAAGAAUUGGGUUUAAUAUUGAAAGAGCAUACAGAGCUGCAGAUUGAUAGAUGUGGUGGAAAACACUUACAAUUGGAGUGGAAACCAAGGGAAAGAUGGAUGCUUAUUGUGGAUUGACCUUGACCUGGAUAAUGGAUUAUGCUGGGUAAAGCCGUAAAGGGUUCUUGAACCAAUUGGUUAUGCUGAGCUUAAAUCGCUCUCUUCUUUGACUUUAGACAGAAUUUUAAACAUGGAUUAUUCAAGUUCAAAUCCACACGGCAUAUCAUCUUCGAUACAGCUGAUAACUGUGAAUUUAUUGAGGCUUGCCUUGCUGUAGAGGCAGUUAUUUUGAUGGAAUAGGAAAUUGUUGGUAGGUAAAAGACCUUAUCAAGGAGAUGAGGAAUAGACUCGCAGAUGCUUCACAGAUCUGCAUGACCUAGAAAAUGGCAUAUGAAUAUAAAAGGCUUGCAAUGACUGCAUGAACUUUUGAAGUUUGAGUUACCCCAAGGUAAGUCAUUGUUGCUUGGAGAAGAAUAGGAGUGACUUGGAAAGAAUAAGAUUAUUUCCUUAGACAAACCCUGGACGCGUGGGCAAGAGAUGAGUUUGACACUCAUUAGAGCAUGUGUUGGAUGACACUUUAAAGCCGUCACUGUAUGUCUCAGGAGCUUUGAUCAGAUGAGUUCAGCCUUUAUGGCAUCACUUAACAUGGUCACGAAGGAAUUUGGCUUAGUUGCUGUAAAAAAAAAUUAUAAUAUUUCUCCUGUAAUUUUUUCUACCGUCUAAAUUUAAUUUUAAGUUUUUCAUGAGAAAGAGAGAGAGAGAGUGAACAAUGUUUGUCAACUCUCUCUUACUCGGCAUUAACGGUUUUCUACUUAAUCUAAUUGUGGCUCAGAUGUUCUGUUACUGGGCUUGGCUCUUUGUUUUA